ACCAAUUGGAAGGCCCCUUUUCCUUGGGUCCGCCCUUCGGGGGGGGGGGUGCCUCUGGUGACUGAUAGACUGAGACGCCCGGCCCAGCCCAGCCCAGCCCAGCCCACGUUGCUGUGAGAUUGAAAUGCAGAACUCAAGUCUCUUUCAUCGGGAAACAGACUUCCUUUUAGCCUUUUUCCUUACGUUCUUGCUAUCUCCUAGAGUGGAAAUCAGAGAGACCCGUGGACUUUUCCAGCCGGGAUUGCAGGAGGCCGGGAGACUGAAUCUGUUGUUAAAUUCCCUUUUGGAAGCUUAGUCUCAUUGGUGUCCUGCUCAGCGCAAUGGAACCUGCCUUUGGGGAAGUGAACCAGCUCGGAGGGGUGUUUGUGAAUGGCAGACCCUUGCCCAAUGCCAUCCGGCUCCGGAUUGUGGAAUUGGCCCAACUGGGCAUCAGACCCUGUGACAUCAGCCGACAACUGCGGGUUUCCCAUGGCUGUGUGAGCAAAAUCCUGGCGCGCUACAAUGAGACUGGCUCCAUCCUACCAGGGGCGAUCGGAGGCAGCAAGCCUCGGGUAACCACCCCCACGGUGGUGAAACAUAUCCGGACCUACAAACAAAGAGAUCCGGGCAUCUUUGCCUGGGAGAUCCGAGACCGACUGCUGGCAGAUGGCGUGUGUGACAAGUACAAUGUGCCUUCGGUCAGCUCCAUCAGCCGGAUCCUCCGGAACAAAAUUGGAAAUCUCUCUCAGCAGGGUCACUACGAAUCUUACAAACAGCAUCAACCCCCUCCACAGCCUGCUCUGCCUUACAACCACAUAUACUCCUAUCCCAGCCCCAUCACUGCUGCGGGAGCCAAAGUGCCAACCCCGCCGGGAGUGCCAGCAAUCCCCAGCACCAUGGCUAUGCCUAGGACCUGGCCCUCUUCCCAUUCGGUCACGGAUAUCCUGGGGAUCAGGUCCAUAACAGAUCAAGUGAGUGACAGCUCGCCCUAUCACAGCCCCAAAGUGGAAGAAUGGAGCAGCUUGAGCAGAAACAGCUUCCCCCCUUCAGCCCAGCAUGCUGUGAAUGGACUCGAGAAGAGCUCCCUGGAGCAGGAGGCCAAGUACAGCCAGGCACCAAAUGGUCUUCCAACUGUCAGUGGUUUUGUCUCAGCACCAACUAUGGCGCCUUACCCUACACCAGCCCAGGUGUCACCUUACAUGACAUACAGUGCUGCCCCUUCUGGUUAUGUGACAGGCCAUGGUUGGCAGCAUGCUGGAGGCACUCCGCUCUCCCCUCACAACUGUGAUAUUCCUGCGUCGCUGGCAUUCAAGGGCAUGCAGACAGCCCGAGAAGGUAGUCACUCUGUCACAGCCUCUGUUCUCUGAUAUGAAAUUCAUUCUAGAACAACUCAACCUUUUUCCUCCCCUCCCUGGCUCAGAGACUGAUCUUUUGUGUUGGUGACAUUUACAGAUUUCUCCCCCUGACCUUUCUCCCACAAAAUUUUUGGAUUGAACUAGCCAAAACAACUUAAGAAACUGAUCCAUGGGUUGUUGCCCUUGCACUGUUUUAAGUAAAGAAGAUCUUACAUCCCUCAAAGGGCUCAUGGGACUUUCAUUGGUAAAACCACCCAUAUUUAUUCUAAGUCAACAAAAACUCUUUAAAUGUGCAAUUGUCAUUGAGAUUGUGUAAAAAUCAAUAAAGAAAAAUCAAUAGGGAAAGAUAUGUUAUGCCUCUAAUCAACAAAAGUGGCCAAACAGAAGCUAUUUGCUGAUGAUCUGUCUCUAGAGAACAAAUCCUUUAUCGGCGAGGUCAAGUGAUCCACUGUUAUUGUUAAGAUAUUGCUCUUUUUUGUUUGUUUAUCAAGGCAAUAUGUGGUUCUCACAUUCUUCCUGUAUUUCAUCCUGUUACAAAAACAGUAAGGUGUUUGUAUUUUCUAUCUAUUUGUAAAUAUAAGCUUUGGACAGCAUUCGUGUUUCCAUUCCACAGUACAUUUCUGCUUCUUUUUUGAUGUUAAAAAGUGACUUUCUAGGUCGUUUCUGUUUCUUGCUUGGUGGUGGCAAGAGCCUUAGGUACCUGAGGUUGAGACAGUUCUUUUGGUAUGUUUUGUGCAUACAGUGGAGGCUUCAACAUCUUAAGAAAGACAUUUUGUUUCUUCUGCAGAGGACUCAAAGGCAAUUGACCAAAUAACUCUCCCAAGUCAUACCCAUCUCCCAGAGUCAUGACACAACCACACAUGUGCCAAGUGUACAAAAGAGAAGCAGGUGGAAAAUAGCUGAACAAAACCAAGAACUGUAGAGGAAAGUGAUUUAGAAGCUUAAGUUUAAUGUGAAAUUUAAGUUAACAAAACCACUGUGAAACAAAACUGUACUGUCAUUGUUGGCUUCCCCGUGUUCAGCAAUUUCAGCCCCAAGAUUAUGUUGUAACUUUUUUAACAGAAAAAGCUGUCUUAAAAUUUCUGCUUUAAUGAAUGUAAAAAUGGCUCCCGGUAAAGUUUACAUUGUUGUACAUAAACACGUCUCACUCGUAGGUAUACUGGUGGUGGUCUGACAAAUACAAAUUUAUUUAAUGUUAAACUCCCUUUUGGCAUUUCUGUAUCUACUGGCAAGCAUUCUGUCCCAAUAAUUUUGCUUUAAAUUUUUCUACCUGACAUUAACCCCCCAAAAGCUAAUAUUUUGGUCUUUUCAAACUUACCUGUUUUCCAUGGGCAAUAAUAAAGUUCUGAAUAUUACUCCAAUAAGUCUUCCACAUGCUUCCAGACAUGUGUGGAACACAUGCAUGAAAGAGAAAGAUUUGAAAAUUGGUGUGACAUUUCAUAUCCUUAAUAGAAUAUUAAUAUAUUGUGUACUUUUAGAAUUCUUGUGCAAUAACUUAAAAGAACAUCACUAGAUAUAGACUUUAAAAGACUGCAUUAAUUACAUCAUCUUGAUUUCUUCUUAUCUAUAUUAAACAUUGUUUCAAUGGCACAAUAAAAUCCAGUACCUACUAUGGGAAUUUCAAGCUUUAUUUAUAACUCAGAUGGCCAUAGGCAGAUUUCCAUGGCACUGUAAAGGAAAUAAUGAGUAAAUAGUUACAUAUGCUUUAUGAUCAGCAAUCCUACACAGAGGUACAUACUCUGAGUAGUUCAUUAACAUCAAUGGGAUUGUUCACAGUGUUUAGGUCUUUGCAGGAUCGGGGCCUAACAAGCAGCUUGAAACUCUGUGGAAAGCUUUCAGAAAAACAUAUUUCCACAGUAACCAUUUGUAAUUUCAUAAACAAGGACUACAGAUUAGGAAGAAUCAGCAGGGCAGAUGGACUCUAAGGGCUGUAUUUAGCUUUGAUCUUUGCAUAAAAAGCCAGUUGAAUCAUUAGGACUUCUACACACAGAACACAGAUAUAACCUGGCCCUAAAGAAACAAAGAUCCUGGAAUUCAGCAAAACGUCCACUGAGUUAGGCCCCAAUUCAGCAAAGGACUUCAGCAGUUUAUCUUUAACAAUGUGCUUAAAUCCAUCUCUAUUCAGAAAAGCAUUUGAACAUGCACUUAAUUUUAAGCACAUGCUUAAGGUCCACUGAAGGCAAUGUGAUUUAAACAUAUUCGUAAGUGCUUUGUUGAAUUGAGAGGGCUUGAUUCUGCUCUCAUUCGUACCAUUUUUACAUUGGUAAAACUCUAGUGACUUAAAUGGAAUUAUUCCAUAUUUAUGCCAUUGCAGCUGAGGUCAGAAUCUGGCUGAGAGAUCCUUAAUUCCAUGUUAAAGAUAAUGGCAUCUUAAUUACAGGCAAACUCCCUGUUAAAAAACUAAAAGGGAGAAGAAAAAAAUAGGAGAAAAUGAUUAAUAAAAGAUUUUCUUGGCAACAUGUCAUAUUUUCCAAGUUUUUUAACUUUUAAACUAAUUCUUAGACAAGAUACUAUAAACAUUGAAUUAAGAAGCCCAUCUGUAAUCAGCAACAUACUAACAAAAACAACGCCCAAGAAAGGAAGACAAAAAGAGGAUAAGCCUUCCUGAACUACAGAUUUUCCAUCCCAAAGCAUUAACAGGUCUGUGAUAAAAAUGCCCUUGUUUCAAAAGGCUGAUACUCUUCCUUUUCUGAUCCAUAGAGUCCAAGAUGGUGUCCCAGUUGAAAUAAGAAUCUGCUUUCUUGUGACUCUCAUGAGGCAUGAGUGUGUCUUUAAAUUAUACUUAAAGGGUCAGAUCCUCAGAUCCUGGUCUAAGCUCUGUUGACUUCAGUUGAGGAUAUGGCCCAAAGUAAUUAUUCCUUGUGUGGAAAUGCAACUUAAUGACAAACUUUCCCCCCUGUAUCUGCAUUCUUUUGUUUAGGGCCAGAUCUCGAUACAUUUACUCACAAUGAAUAAUACCUUACUCUGUGAGUGGGAAGUCAGUAGGACUAUAUGUGGAGUAAGGUGCUACUCAAGGUGAGUAAAGAUAUCUGAUGUUGAUCCAUAUUGAGCUAUUUAUAAUUGCUUCUUGGGGUGCGAGGGAGGUUAACAUGUCUUUUAAUGUAAAAUUACCAUGCAGAAUUUUUCUUUGUCCAAGGACUUUUCUUACAGAAUAUACAUAUUGGUUAAACUGAAAGAUGGUACAUAUUAGCUUAAUGACAUAACACCUUUAAAUCACUUUUAAAAACUAAAUCCCCAUUUUUAUUUUAUUGAUAAAUGGGUCAAAGUCUGUUCUCAAUUGCACAGAUGUAAAUCUGGAGUAAUCCAGGUGGAGUUAAUAUGGAUUUACACCAGCAGAAAUGAGAGCAGAAUUUAGUCCUCUAAUAGUCAACAAUAUUUCCGCACGCUAUGCACAUGAAGGGCCCAAUCCUGCAUUCUCAGAGUACCCAAAUCUUUCAAAAAUCAAUGAGACUUAAUACUUGUUUAUACUAUGUUUCCAGAGUGGAGGUGUAAAAUGUCCUUAGUGCAAAUGAGAAGCCUAGUGGAGCACCAGGAAUAGUGAAUAGUGUGGGCUUGAAGAGGUUAAAAAGACACAUUUGAGAAAAAAAAAAGAUUCCAUGUUUUCUGCGAAUGGUCCUCAUUUUAUCAAAA